AUGCUAGUCAGAACUCAUUACAGCGAUAAUGAUAAUAAUAGUUUUCAGGAGUCCAAUGAAACUAUUAGAGUUAUGAAUUACAUGAGUAUUACCUCCAUCACGUUUGCUCAACUAAUUCUGUACUGUCAUUCUGUCAACCAUCAUCACUUAUGUCUCGUCGCUAAUCUAUUCAGUAAUUCCAGUGACGAGUUCUGUCCACAUCAUGACACAGAAGAGGAGUACGAUUUUGUAAUCGUAGGAGCUGGAUCAGCCGGAUAUGUUCUCGGAAACAGAUUAAGCGAAGUAAAUCAUUGGAAGAUAUUAUUAUUGGAAGCUGGUAUAGAAGAACCAGAGGUAGCUGGAAUUCCGGCUUUCGCCUCUAUGUUACUCGAGAGCAAUAUCGAUUGAAUAUAUCACUCACAACCGCAGCAAUACGCUUGUCUAUCCA